GUAUAAUGUGACAACUUUACCGGUACGUGUGGUCCACGGACACACGCUGAUGCAAGGCGAAUGCGCGUCACUGACUAAUGGCGGACUUGUAGUUUUUAGAAUGGCGCCUGUAUUGUAGCUCGCCAUGAUGGAGACAACAUCUCCCAUAAAGCGUAGCGUCGACUUGACAUUCGCUAAGGUAGCUUGGUUUAAUCAAACUGGAAGCACAGCCGGGCGGUGUUUGUCUCGCUGCAAGUCUCUGAAGCUCCCGUCACUUGCACCGCCUGUCCGCGGAAUCUGAUUGGGUGAAUGUAAAACCAUAUCGCGUGAGUUUAGCCAAUCUUCAACCGGGAAACUCAUGCAACGCAAGCUGUAUUUUUUUAUCCGCUUAAAGAGCUCGCAGGAGGAAACAACAUUCACUAAACCGGGCAAAUUAAGUGCUCUCAUAUGCGACUGUUAUUUAAAAAAAAGUGCCAGACAGGGUUGUUCAUAUUCGUCAAAUGAUUUUUGGCAUCUACCGAGGAUUAAUGUGCUACGGGGAGAGCGCAGCAAACUAACCGAAAAAGCAACUGUCCAAUCUGAAAACAUUACCUCGCUGCAAGAAGAGCAUGGAACUAGCCAGGCUGCAGUCUCCUCCCCUGGCUCGCGCUAAUCACACCAGGAUCGCCGUCAUCCACCGUCGGUGCUCUCUUCGCUGAACCAGCAACGAAGAACCAUGCUGUCUGGGACGUGGCGGCGCUCUGCAGGGCACCAGCAACCCGCUGCGCCGCCCGUGGUGAACGGCAGGGGGGUGACGCUGUGCGGCGUCCCAAGCGGCACGGUGGUCCUCGAGGCCCAAUAUGAUUACAACUACCGUGGUGCUGAUGGAAGGCAGGUUUGCAUUCGGGAAGGCGAACGGUUCAUACUCCUUAAGAAGACCAACGCUGACUGGUGGCAGGUGCGCAGGAUAGGGGCCGCAAGUAAAACAAAGCCGCUGUACGUGCCCGCCACAUACGUGACGGAGGUUCCUGUCGCGCCCAUGCCCUCGCCCCAGCACUUAAUCAUCUCGGCCACGCUCAACUCCAACGUCCGGAUCUUGCCCCGAGUGGCGCUCACUCCGAGCCCCACGGAGCUUGCCUAUCACAAUCAGCACCAAGCGAGCAAACCCAUCUACCGCUCCAUGGAGAACCUCAGCUCCAAUAGUGCCUUCAGAGGUCUGUACACCGAAGGCAACGUGAGUGGCGUCCGUUUCUCUGCCUUCACGUUCAUCUCUUCCCCCUCCCCGUCAGGCCACCUCGCAGUCCCCGGGGAACCCGCCGUCUCAGAAACGGCGUCGUGUAACGCCAGGGUGGUCCCCAUGAUCACUCGCAGCCAGAGCCAGAGCAACCUGACGGACAAUGAGAACCCUUACGACGAAGUGGGCGGAAGCUUCAGCAGCCACGUCAAUUACACGCUCCCGAAGAAGUCCUGCAGCCAGUGGGACAUGGUGGGAUCUUCUGGCAAGAACAACCGCCUGCAGGUCCCGACAGAAUCCUAUCUGUCUCAGCUGUCCUGGCAGGACUCGCCCCUCUACUGUCAACCGCAGGUCGACAGGCGUCCUUCGCAGACGGAGCCCCCCAAUCCGAACCCCGGCCAGCAGCCACUCCAGGUCAUGGACUUGUGGGAGCAGUACAUGGACCUGUCUUCUCUGAGAAGUUAUUACGUCAACAGGAUCACCAAGGAGAGAUCCUGGAAGCCUCCUCGGAGAGCCCGCGGAGGCUCCGAUGCCAACAAGCAGGUCAUUGCAACACGAACCAAAACGUUACCCAGAGAAGCAAGCCAUCUGACGCUGCCGCUUCCUGCAACUGGCAAUGGUACUAUGCACAGGCUCUCACCUGAUUUCCUGUUUGGGAGUCACCAGAGGAACACAGACAGCGGCAGCUGGCGGAUGAAACAGAGCAUGCAGCGCGCCGCCUCCUCCGACACAAUUUGCACGAUGGUGCUCGGAAACACCGGCCCCCCGUGUCACGACUCUGCCACCCCGCAUGACGCCAAGCAACUCCUUUCACACUCGCAGUCCAUGAUCCUGUCCGAGAACGGCAAGCUGGCCCGGCAGUGCCGAGACUACUCGUGCAACGUGACCAACAUCGUUGUGGAGCCGCCGUCUCCCGAGAGCUCUCCAGACGUCGAUGGCGACACUCCGGAGUUGGAGAAAGCUGGCCUCUUGAACAAGACCAAGAUUGCAGAAGGAGGUCGGAAACUCAGAAAAAACUGGAGUCCAUCCUGGGUGGUGUUGGUCGGGAACAGCUUGGUUUUCUUCAAAGAUCCAAAAUCACAGACGCCCUCCAGCUGGAAACCAGGAAACAGUCGCCCAGAGAGCAGCGUUGACCUAAGAGGAGCCAAGCUGCACUGGGCCAAUGAGCUCUCCAGCAAGAAGAAUGUCUUCAAGCUGAGGACAGUGACGGGCAAUGAAUUCCUGCUGCAGUCAGAGACGGACUCUCUGAUCAAGGAGUGGUACCACACCAUCCAGAACGUCAUUCACAGGCUGGACCGUGAAAACCCGCUAGACAACGUGCUGCUGUACUCCCUGAGGAGGGCGGGCAGCGUGGAAAUGCUGGACCACAGCGGCGACGAGGACGACAGGAGAACGUCUCUCCCUCGCUCGGCGUCCAAUUUGGAGAACACGGAGAAGAAAAGAGUUAAAACCCGGCUGAAGAAACUCAUUCUGAAGAGGCCUCCUCUUCAGGCCCUGCAGGAGAAGGGGCUUAUUAAAGAUCAGGUGUUCGGCUGUCGUCUGGAGAUGCUAUGCGAGCGGGAGAAGAGCACGGUGCCUCGCUUCGUCAGGCUUUGCGCCGAGACCGUGGAGAAGCGAGGACUGGACACUGACGGCAUCUACAGGGUUUCUGGGAACCUGGCGGUCAUUCAGAAACUACGCUACCUGGUCAACCACGAGCGGGCAGUGACCACUGAUGGCCGUUACAUGUUCCCAGCAGAGUUGGUGCAAGAGGAGAAGCUCAACUUGGACGAGAGUGAGUGGGAGGACAUCCACGUCAUCACGGGAGCUUUGAAACUCUUCUUCCGCGAGCUCCCCGAGCCGCUGGUGCCCUACGGCUUCUUCAGCGACGUGGUGGACACCGUCAAGAUGUCGGACUACGCGGACAAAGUGGAGCGUCUGACGAGCGUCGUGCACAGCUUGCCUCAGCCCAACCACGACACGCUGCAGUUCAUCUGCCGCCACCUCAAACGCGUUUUGGAGCACUCGGACGCCAACCGUAUGACGACCCAGAACAUCGGCAUCGUGUUCGGGCCCACACUGCUGCGACCCGAGGUCGACAACGGCAACAUGGCGGUGAACAUGGUUUUCCAGAACCAGGCGGUGGAGCUCAUCCUCAACGAGUACGAGCGCAUCUUCGGCAGGAGGGCCGCCCCCCCCGCCGCCGCCGCCUCCUUCUCGUGAUCUUCCCAAGCGGACGGCAUACAAAUGGAUCUUUUUUUUUUUUUCUUCUUCCACAUUCACAAAGAUAACAAGGGCAAGACAUGUGGCUGCCAUAUAAAAGUUCGAAGCAUUAAAUAGUCAAACAAGCUCCGUUUUUAGCUGCCAUAUUUUUUUGCCUUUUGACUGCAGAUGUGUGGAGCCCAGCUGUCACUUCUCCCUUGAUAUUCUCGUUGACUGAAGCCAAGCCAAUGAUAAAUCGUCCCCAGGCUCCCCACCCAGCUCCCGGACCACCUUCCUGUUCCUCUCUUGAUCCCACGAAGAGAAGUCGACUUAACAGGACAGAACCUUCCCACUGUGAAACACGUGCGCCCGACACCUCUAUGCAUCGCUGUGGCUCUCCUGUAGUGACGCCGGAACCUCGAACGCGUAACUUUCUACUUCCGACUUGUUCUAAUUGAAUGUUAUUAUUUUUACCCCAUAGGAGCUAAUGUAAUUAAAUUCAUUCAUUAACAGGCA